AUGGCUGAGACCGCCAAGCUCCGGCUCUCUGUCAAGGCGAGCCAGGACGGUGAAAGCGUGGUUCACUGCCUUUCUUGUCAGAGGCCCACGAUCCUGCUUCUCAAGGGCGUGUCCUUCACACUCGCCACCAUGGACCCCCGCAGGUCCCCAGAUGUGCUGAAAGACUUUGCCCCGGGUUCACAGCUGCCCGUCCUGCUGUAUGACGGCAAUGCCAAAACGGACACGCUGCAGAUUGAGGAGUUUCUGGAGGAGACGCUGGGCCCCCCAGAAUUCCCCAGCCUAGCGCCCAGAUACAGGGAGUCCACUGCGGUGGGCAAUGACAUCUUUCACAAAUUCUCCGCCUUCAUCAAGAACCCGGUGCCCGCACUGGACGAUGCCCUGUACCAGCAUCUGCUGUGCGCCCUCGCCAAGCUGGACAGCUACCUGCGCGCGCCCCCGGAGCACGAGCUGGCGCGGGAACCGCAGCUGCGCGAGUCACGCCACCGCUUUGUGGACGGCGACCAGCUCACGCUGGCCGAUUGCGGGCUGCUGCACAUCGUGAACACGGUGUGCGCGCACUUCCGCCAGGCACCCACCCCCUCUGAGCUGCGCGGCGUCCGCCGCUACCUGGACGACGCCCUGCAGGAGAAAGAGUUCAACUACACGUGUCCACACAGUGCUGAGAUCCUGGCGGCCUACCGGCCCGCCGUACGCCCCCGCUAG